AUGGUAUUUCAGGAUUUUGAUAAAAUUUCCGAGAGGAGAAGAUUAGAAAGGGAACAAAAAUUUAGAAAGAGGAUCACCAUUGCUUUUAUUGCCCUUGUUGUUCUUCUUAUUUUAAUUGCUGCUGGAAUUUUUGUCAUUAUUACUGAAAACAAAGCCAAGAAAGCCGCCAAACAAAAUGACCAUGAACAUCCGGAAACUGCUAAGAAGGCCGGAAACAUAGAAAGAGUUAUUAAAAAUGCAUGUAAUUCCACUAGUUACAAGGACACUUGCAUAAAAUCUCUCAAUAGGGCAGUGCAAAAGAAUCCUUCCGAAUCUAAUCCUAAAGAACUUCUCAGGUUAUCUAUUCAAGCUACUGAUGAUGAGUUUGAAACUGUUUUAGACAAGGCUUCGUCGUUGAAAUUUGUAAACCCACGAGAGAAAGCAGCGUUUGAUGAUUGUAAAGAGUUGAUUGAGACUGCUAAAGAAGAGUUGAAGGAUUCUAUUUCUCAUGCAAGUUCUGAAGUAGACAUGUUUACGAAAAAUGAACCUGAGUUGAACAAUUGGCUCAGUGCUGUUAUGUCUUAUCAACAAACUUGUAUUGAUGGAUUUCCUGAAGGGAAAAUAAAGACUGAUGUUGAAAAUAUUUUUGAGUCUGCAAAGGAACUUACGAGUAAUUCACUUGCGAUGGUCUCUGCAUUGGCCUUGUUCCUUCAAUCAUUUCGUACGACUCGUCGACUUCUGGCAAAAGAACCCAUUUCUUCUUUCAUGCAUGAAGAUGGCCUUCCAAGCUGGAUCAGCCAUGAAGAACGACGGAUGUUGAAGCCUCCUGCUGAGGAGGCUGAAGAAAAGCUAAAACCAACCGUUGUCGUCGCUCAAGAUGGUAGCGGAAAAUUUAAAACAAUAUCUGCUGCUUUGGCAGCUAUCCCAGCAAAAUAUAAUGGACGGUAUGUGAUCUAUGUUAAAGCAGGAGUUUAUGCUGAAACAGUGACAGUGACAAAGAAGAUGGUGAAUGUCACCAUCUAUGGAGAUGGAUCAAAGAAGAGUAUUGUCACUGGAAACAAAAAUUUUGCAGAUGGAGUUCAAACUUUUAGAACCGCAACUUUUGCGGCUUUAGGAGAAGGAUUUAUGGCGAAAGCAAUGGGAUUCAGAAACACUGCAGGCCCACAAAAGCAUCAAGCGGUGGCCGUCAGAGUUCAAUCUGAUCGUGCAAUAUUCCUGAACUGCCGUUUUGAGGGCUACCAAGAUACUUUAUACGUACAAGCUCACCGGCAAUAUUACAGAAACUGUGUCAUUCUCGGAACCAUUGAUUUCGUCUUCGGUGACGGAACAGCCAUCUUACAGAACUGCCAACUUCUUUUAAGGAAACCAAUGGAAAACCAACAGAACAUAGUUACAGCACAAGGUAGAAUUGAUCCACAUGAAACGACAGGAAUCGUUAUUCAGAGUUGUCGGAUUGGGCCAAACCAGGAUCUGGUUCCUGCUAAGGCAAAAGUGAAGAGUUACCUUGGAAGACCAUGGAAAGAGUAUUCAAGAACCAUUAUAAUGGAAUCAACAAUCGAAGACGUGAUUCAGCCUGAUGGGUGGAUGCCAUGGGAGGGAGACAAAGGAUUGAAGACACUUUACUAUGCAGAGUUCAACAACAAAGGACCUGGUUCAAAAACCGAUGCUAGAGUAAAAUGGCCUGGAUUUCAUUUGAUCAAUAAACAAGAAGCCAACAAGUUUACAAUAGAACCAUUCUUGCAAGGAGAUUGGAUUACUGCCAUGGGAGCUCCUGUUCACUUUGGCUUAUAUUAA